AUGGAAACCACAAAUAGUGAUUUCAAAUUAUGGUCUCCACCUUUGCUGGAUCUUUCAUUAGACUCAUUUUCAAAUGAUUUGUUUCAAGAGUUUGACAAGACAAGGUCGAGUAUUCAAGAUGGCAACACCAACGCUAAUCAAAUGCUCAAAGCUUCGUCGCCCAUCUCGUCUUCACCAGCAACAUUGUCCUCGCCUCCUAAAGAAGUCUCUUCUCUAGAACCACAGCAAUUGCAGCAGCAACAGCAGUCUGAAGGGGAGGAGCAAGAAGGAGCAGAAGAAGCAGAUACCUCGUCUGCUGCUAAUCUGUUUCGCAAGUCAUCCACAUUUCUCAAGAAAAAGCUGAGCACCAACAGCAGCCAGAGAAACAGCGCCGUCUCGACUGCUACUACCACCAACAAUGGAGACGAUCUAUCCAGCAUUGUUUCUCGCCAGUAUCCACCCAAGCCAUUGCAAUACUCUCCCAUCAUUGAACCUCCAUCUGAUAAGACGAGCAGAAACAGCCGUGAUAGCGCCAACGUACUUACAAUUACUGAGGAGGAGAUACUGGAGCAGGAAGAGGAGGCAUCCCAGGCAGGUGAUGCAAGUAUUCAUCAUGAUGAUCACGACGACAAGAAGGUAGUUACUGCUACCACAAGCCCUGCACCUAGCUCUCCUUCCACCAUCUACACAACUGCUUCACCUCCCCUGGUUGAAACAACAGCACCAUUGGAAAGAUCCAUCACAUCACAUCAAACAGCAGCAGCAGCAGCACCCGUUACCAAUGCAACAACCACUCAUAAAGCAUCUACACCCGCUAUAAACACUACUACCGCAACAACAACGCAUACACCUAAAAGACGAUCCUUCUUUUCCUUGCGGUUCUGCUAG